CAAAAAAUUUAUGAAUUCGUUACGAGACGAAGUGAAUUGUAAAAUUUCUACAAGUUGAUUUCGAUUUGAUUUUACAUACAAUGAAGAUUCAAGAAAAAUUGAAUGUUUUUUUCAUUAAGAUACUUCACUCUGUAAACUUGUAAUCGCGAUAAAAUUCUUGCAGUCUUCCGCCUGCUGCUGGUAUGUUUUUGUUGAUGCAUUAAUCGAACCGUGUUUGUCUAUUAGAUACAUCUUUCGAGCUUAUCAUCAUGGGUGCUAUAAUAUCAAGAUUUCGAAAAAAGAAAACUACAAUCGAGCAGUUGGAUGAUAUCGAACAGAAAAUCAAAAGUAUUGAAAAAUUUCAAAAAGAGACUGAGCAACAAUUUCGUAGAGUUAUUGGAAAAUUAGUUUUAUCGUCUAUAUUAGUGUACAUAGCCGCAUUAGCCGUAUAUUAUUAUUAUUUCUCACCGGAUACGUUCAAAGAGAACAUCUUUAAAUUUAUGCCACUUUUAAUAUUCCCAGUAGCGAUAUAUUUAACGAGAAGAAUUUUAUCUUGGUAUUAUAAAAGAAAAUUAGCCAAGAAUGAGACUUCAUUGAAAUCACUGAAGGUGACAAAAAAGAAAAUGCUCGAUGAAGUAAUGGAUAAAGAAGUUUACAAAGUAGCCAAAGAAAUACUUGAGAAAUUCGCUCCCGAGCAGUUGAAUAAAGACUCGGUGAAACCUAUAAUUAAAAAUGAGAAAAGUAUUGUACCGAUAAAUUCAAGAAGCGAUAUGGUUGCGCGUCAAAGAAUAGUUCCAACACCAGUGAACCGGUUCAAUGGCACGACGCCUCUUCCAGACGUCGCUUUUCAAGCAGUUCCGAAUUCCAAUCAGUUACAACCAAGAUUAUCUCUACCGAGACCUGUAUUACCACGUAACAGAGGAGCAUUCGAUAAAUUAAUUGAUAUGGUGAUCGGAGAUGGGCCUGGGAAUAGGUAUGCUUUAAUUUGUCGCAUGUGCAGUUCACAUAACGGUAUGGCUCUAAAACACGAAUUUGAAUACCUAGCAUUUCGAUGUGCGUAUUGCCUGCAGUGGAAUCCGGCUAGAAAGCAAAGACCUCACGCUCCUAAUUUACGUUCGGAUACAGGCUCCCAAGAUGAAUCCGAUGCUAAUAAUUCUGAAAUAGACCUAGUGGAUACCAGCGGCGUGAGCUCUGUACUAAAAUCUGAUCAUGAUGAGAAAUCAGUUCCGCAAUCUGAUGAAGGCACAAUAAAUCAAGAUCAGUUGUUAGAUAAUUCGGAAAAACCUGAAAACAGUCCCACCGACGCCGAAAAAGAAACCGUCGAAAGUGUACCAGAUCUUAUUGGUUCUUUCGACAUGACCACUUUGAAAGCAGCAGUUGAUGAGGCAGACAAAUCCCCACUAGAAUCAGAAAAUGAGUCCCAAGCAAUCGAAUCGGAUAGCAAUACUUCGCCUGAUUCCAAGCCAAGUCUAAGAUAGCACGUAACUCGUCCUUGGAUAUUCAAAUUAAACCUUUUUAUUUAUUUUGUGUUACUAAUGGUUUGAAAUUCCUUUUGAAUCACUAAAAAUGUUUUUUCUCCGAUGUUCACGCUUGAUUAAUGCUAACAAAAUUGGCCCAUAUUUGUUUUACAACUAAUUCUUUUUUCUUUUUCUUUUUUUUUUAAAUUUGCAAUACGAUUUAAUUAUCAGUCAUAAUAAUUGCGAUAAUGCUGGUGAGAGAUAUAGUUGUAAGUCUCUAGUCUUCUUUUUAAUGAUCUUCCAAGCGAACUUUCUUUUUUUUUAACCGAUAUUUUAAUUGCUAGUCGGUAUAGGUAUUUGAUUUGUAAUUUUUACUCAUCGCGAUUUUAAUGGAAUUACUAUCUUGUGUGUUGAUACAUUAAUUUACUGUGUUAUUUUAUAUCUCAAAAGAGAAUUGUAUCAUCCAAAAUUAUUUAUCAUUUUAAAUGUGUUAUUCAUGUACGUAAAAAAAAGGAUCUUAAGUAAGUAUGUAUCUGUGUUGCUGAUAAUGGAUUAUAAUAUUUUAAUGUUUAUUAAAUGCGGUUUUUACAA